AUGUGGGGCCGCAUCACGGAGUCCUUUAGCAAGGUUAAGAAGAAGGCAGAUGAGGUAGCUUCUUCUGUUCAGUCGGGCACAGCCCUUUUAUCUCGCGCGCGAGAUGUGCUGCUGAUUUUGGGGGGAGGCACGGAGCAUGCUGCUGCUGCUGCUGCUGCUGCUUUUGAAGGACUGACAGCAGAGCAGCUGCUGCUGCUGCUGGAGGAGCAAGCAGCAAACGUCAGGUCUCCAGACGAGCUGCAGCGUGUGCUUCACAUCUGGACCACCCUGCUGCAGCACGACGACAACUCAGACGCUCCCCGCUUUCCGUCGGGUGACGUGGAGCAGCAGCAGCAGCAGCAGCAGCAUGAAGCAGCAGGCAACGGCUCUUCUGCAGCAAACCCCACAGCGCAGCAGCAGCAGCAGCAGCAGCAGCGGGCAGGCAGCGAUUUCGCGCAGCAAAUUUCGAAGGAGCAGCAGCUGCUGCGCGAGCUGCAGCUGCCCCAGAAGUUUCUGAGUCCCGACUUUGGCUUUGCAGAGGUGCUGUUUCGUUCUGCAGCGCCGCAGCUGCUGCUUCGGUCCAUCGCGAAGCGGCCGCAGCUGAGGGCACUUAUCCUCACGCGAGUGCAGCAGCACACCUUGCUGAUUCACCGCCAGCAGCAGCAGCAGCAGCAGCAGCAGCAGCAGCAGCAGCAGCACGGUGCUCCGCAAGAGCCCGUGUCUCCUUCUGCUGCGCCUGGAGAGCAGCAGCAGCAGCAGCAGCAGCAGCAGCAGCAGCAGCAGGGGGAAGCAAAGGGCGCGUCUGCGCUGCAGUUUGUUGCUGCAGAGCCGCAGCCAGAAGAUAUCCUUGAAGAAGUGCCGGAUGAGCUGGAGCUGCUGUUCCAGCAGCUGCUGCUGCUGCUGCAGCAAACGCUGCUGCUGUCGUCGCAGCAGGCCCUGCGGCUGCUCGACGCGCUGCUGCUGUCUGCUGCUACUGUUUCGGAGACAGAAACUGCUCUCAAGAGACUCAGGGAACAGGCAGUGCUCAAGCAGCAGCAGCAGCAGCAGCAGCAGCAGCAGCAGCAGCAGCAGCAGCAGCAGCAGCAGGACGAGCUCUCCCCUGCUGGCCACCCAAAGGCUGAAGCUGCAGAGAGAGAUGCAGCAGCAGCACAAGUGUCCCCGACGCCGCCGCCACCGCUGCAGCAGCAGCAGCAGCAGCAGCAGCGUCAGCACGGAAGUGAGGCUGAAGCCUCCGGCAGCAACAACGCCGCAGCAGCAGCAGGUGCAGCAGGAGCUGCUGCUGCUGCUGCAGAAGCAGCAGUUGAAGGCUUCCUGGAGGAGGAAGAGCCGCUGCUGCAGGACAUCUCUGUUGCUGCUGCUCGCGGCGUGUCCGGCGUUCUUGCUGCAGCAGCACUGCUGCAGCGGCGGCAGCAGCUGCAGCGGCUGGAACACCAAAUCUCAAGACUGCAGCAAGAUGCUUCUGCUUUGGGGAGAAAGAUUGAGGCUUGCGACAUACCCCUUGCUGAGGAUGCAGAUGCAGAAAAGCUCUUUGUGCCGCAAAACAUGAGGCUGCGGGCGAGCACCCGGCUGCUGCAGCAAACAGUGCUGCUGCAGAAGCUGAAGGAGCAGCUGCACGAGCUGCUGCCCAAAGCAGCAGCAGAGGCGCUGGAGGGCAUAAAGCUGCUGCAGCAGCAACAGCAGCAGCAAAUGCUUGUCUGGAAGCAGCAGCAGCAAGCAUCGGAUGCUUUCCUCAACAAGCUGCGGAAGCACAUUGAAGCCUCAGCUGAUGGCCUUGUGUCCCGGGCUGUCUCCUUAGAGUCGCGGAGAUCGGAGGCGCAGCAGCGGCUGCAGCAGCUGGAGGAGAGGCGACUGUCUCUUCAGCGGCAGCUGGAGACUUGUCUUUCCGAGAUUGCGAAGGUGAAAGACACGUUGCGGGCAGCGCAUGCAGCAGAGGAGCAGCUGCACAGAGAAGUGCAGCAGCAGCAGAGCAGCAGCAGGAAGCUGGAAAGGAGGCAGCAGCAGCAGCAGCAGCAGUGGAAGAUGGCCAAAGACAGCCUCGUGCUGUUUCAGCAGGCUGCACUGGACGCAGCAGCAGCACACGGCGAAGCAACAGAAGUCUCUGCUGCAGUUGCAGACGCCGACGCGAAGGAGCUCGAAAACUCUCUGCAGACUUUGGUUUGCCGUCACUUUGCAUUUGAGAAGAACCGCGUGCAGCAGCAGGCAGCAGCGCUGCGGCAGUGCAUGCGGAGCCUCGACUUGCUGCAGCAGCAGCAGCAGCAGCAGCAAGGAGCUGCCGAGGGACUGGACGAGGCCGAGCUGGAGCUGCAGCAAGAGGAACAGCAGCAGCAACUGCAUCUGCUGCACAGACAAUUCCUUAAAGGUCUGCAGCGGCUGGAUACGGCCUUUGCAGAAUCCCAGUCAUUCUUGCAGGCGCAUGCAGACACGCUGCAGGACGCGCUGCAGCAGCAGCAACUAAUGCUGCGGCACAAGCAGCAGCAGCACCAGAGCGACGGGUCACCCGGCGCUGCUGCUGCUGCUGCUGCUGCAGCAGAUGCCGUGCAGAAGCACGAGGCAGAGCAGGCAGCUCGCGCUGCGCUGCGGGAGAUUGCUGCGGUGUACACGCAGGUGCAGCAGGAAGCUACCCCAUACCUUCACAAACUCCAGGAUGAAAGGUCAUAUUCUCGGUCUGAAGGUGCUCCUGCUUUGACGGAAGCAGCAAAAGCAGCAGCAAACUGUGCACCCAGCAUUUCCUCGACAGAAGCAGAAGAGAAGCGGGAAGCAGGUGACCUUGACAAUUCAUUUCCAGCGGCCACAGGGCCCGCAAGAGCAGCAGCAGCAGGCGGUUCAGCUGCUGCACCCACUCCAGCAGCAGCAGCAGCAGCAGCAGCAGCAGGAAAAGAGGGAGCCCUGCAGUUCUUCAAACUCGACGGUGACAGCGGCCCCCCAACGCCCGUGCUUGAGCCUGCUGCUGCGCCUGAAGACGCGCAGCAGCAGGCCGAAACGCAACAGGGUGCUGCAGCAGCAGCAGCUGCUGCUGCGCCAGUUAUAAAAGGGGGCCUGCCAGAUCUAUUGUAG